AUGGAUGAUAUCACCUUUCCAACCUUAGCAGGAGAUCCUACAAAUAAAAUUGAUUCCCAUGAAAAUCCAACCUCCAACAUGCCCUACUCAACAGCUCUCAAACAAAAUCAUAAUCAGACUUUCAAUCUCGCAACAAAAGAACAAGCAAUUAGUUUUCUUUUCUUGAACAAUGUAAAUUUGCAAGAAUACCUCUAUCAACUAGGAGCAUAUAUUCAACCUAGCAAUAUAUUAUUUGCUUCUAGAAUGUUGAAUAAUAGAAUAUGUAUCUACCUCUCAUCACAAAACAUCUAUGAAAAAUUUUUAACAGACAACAAUGGAGAAAUUACUGUAAACGGAGAAUGCAUCAAAGUUCGAAAAUUAAAUAGCCCUUCCGAAAGACUUAUAUUAUCUAACAUACGAGUAUAUCCUACCAUUCCACAUAAACUUUUAACUACAUCGUUACAGAACCUUGGUAAAAACCUAGUAAGUCCAAUGACAUUCUUAAGAAUUGGUGCAAUUAACCCUCACUAUCAACACAUAUUAAGUUUCCGUCGCAAAGUUUAUAUAACCCCUUCCACUAAUGCAAUUCCUGAAAACAUUCACAUACAGCAUGAUAAUACAACGUAUCGCAUAUUUUUAAGUGCAGAUGGCCAGGUGUGCUAUAAGUAUAAACAACUAGGUCACAAAGGAUCAGAUUGCUUAAAUCAACUUAAUACACAAAAUCCACCCCAAACACAACCAGUACCAACCUACUCAAACAGUCCUCCUCAAAAUAACCAACCACUUGAACCAAAUCAAGAAAUUAACGAUGGUGACGAAUCUACCACACCUACAACAAAUAAAUCUAUGAGCCACUGUGAUAUUACUACAGUCGUAGAAACCCCAACACCCUCCUAUACUCAAACCAAUACAAUUAAACUUAUUUCCAAAAAGGAACAACCGCAACCAUCUGGAUCAAAUAAAUUUACAUUCAACUUCAGUCAAAACAAAUGUAAUGUUUCCGAAAUUGAAAGUCCAACAAUAGAAAAAUAUUAUCAACAUUUUUAA